CUGAAAAAGCUUGCUAUGGAAAAUUCAAGGACCUAUCUUCAGUAUUUGCCAGAAGCCAAGAACUCCAAGGCACACAAAGUGUGGAAAUACAUGCAUAUUAUAUGCACAUCAUACAACACGAGUGCAUGGUACUGUAGUUGUGCCGUACAGGGGGAUGAGUUUAAAUUGGAUUGUUUGCAAUAGCUCUUCAGACAAAGUGUAGCUAUCUUGUAAAUAUCCUGAAUUUACAACCUUGAGAAUUCAUCCAAGUAUGCGAUAGUGGCUGCACUCACGUUUAACCUGGUUACGGACUUCGUUUCCAGGGUACGUUAACAUAUUAGGGCACAAAAUACAAACCAAGUUAAAAUCAAUCUGAGGGCCACACAAGAUGGUCUUUGUAAUAUUUGAAACAUGGUUUUUUGUACUACCGUGAAAAUGCAGCUAUUAGUUCUAGGACAUUGCAUGAAUUCAGCCCAAUACAGACAGACCACAGGACUAACGGAUCAACAUUUCUAAAAUUAACUCGGCAGCAUCCGGCUCAACUCCAAUAGCUCAAAUCUCUUGAAAGGACGAGCAAGGCUUGCCAGCUGCCCGUUGCUCUGCUUCUCCUCCAAAAUCAGCCGAGACCUCAGCCAGGCUCUCGCCGCCCCUCAAACGGGCUGGCGAUUUUAAAAGCAAGAGCGCCGUGGGACGCUUUGUGACGUACACGUUUCUCGUGUAAGUAUAAUGUAAUAAUGAACAGCUGCAGGUUUUUAAAGAAAAAAAUGCCCGAAAGGGAAAAAACAACAACACCGCCACAGAUUGCAGGAAAAGGUGCGUGGACUUCUGUCCAAACAAGAAGCAAGCUCAACCCGCCAGCUCAAAAUACCCGAGUAUAAAAUGGCCUCCUCCCUCCCCCACGGCUCUGCGUUCCCGCUCUUUAAAGGAGCGUCGUUGUGACGUCACCCCGAACGCCGCGCUCGCGCUUAGAUAGGAUACGUUUCAUCCUCUGCGGCUUGCCUCUCCCCUCUCCUCCCCGCUGCCCGCUUGGGCGAGAUGCAUGCUGGGAUCGCAGCCCUCCCGCCAGGUCUUCCAGCUUCCCGGCGUGCCCUGCGCCCAGCUGAAUGGGGGCAGUCACAAGAUGGCGGCGAACGCAAACUGUGCCGGUGGCGGCGGCGGUAGCCUCCCACUCUUUGACUGUCCGACCUGGGCAGGAAAACCUCCACCAGGGUUGCACUUGGAUGUAGUCAAAGGAGACAAACUUAUUGAGAAACUGAUCAUCGAUGAGAAGAAAUAUUAUCUCUUUGGGAGAAACCCCGACCUGUGCGACUUUACCAUAGAUCACCAGUCAUGCUCUAGGGUCCAUGCUGCUUUGGUCUACCAUAAACAUCUGAAGAGAGUUUUUCUUAUAGAUCUCAACAGCAUAUUUGUUGCUUUUCCUCUCCUCCUUAUUCUAAAAUGCAUAGCACACGGCACGUUUUUAGGCCAUAUUCGUUUGGAGCCUCAUAAGCCACAACAGAUUCCCAUUGAUUCCACGGUUUCCUUUGGUGCCUCCACGCGGGCCUACACCCUGAGAGAAAAGCCUCAGACAUUGCCCUCAGCGGUGAAAGGAGAUGAGAAAAUGACCAGCGAAGACGAUGAACUCAAGGGCUUGCUUGGUCUGCCAGAGGAAGAAACAGAGUUAGAUAACCUGACAGAGUUCAAUACGGCCCAUAAUAAGAGGAUUUCCACACUGACAAUAGAAGAAGGGAAUUUGGAUAUCCAAAGACCAAAAAGAAAACGAAAGAACUCAAGAGUAACAUUCAGUGAUGAUGAUGAAAUUAUUAACCCAGAGGACGUGGACCCUUCUGUUGGACGUUUCAGAAACAUGGUACAGACUGCAGUAGUUCCAGUGAAGAAGCGGAUGGACAAUUCUGGCUCCCUGGCUGUAGAUGAGGCUGCAACACGUCGCAUGCAGAACUUUCCUUAUAGUGGAGGACUGUAUGGAGGCCUGCCUCCCACCCACAAUGAGGCAGGUGCCCAGACCCACACCAUUCACGGCACAGCGCUCAUUGGGGGGUUACCAAUGCCCUAUCCUAAUCUUGCCCCAGACGUGGACUUGACUCCAGUUGCCCCCUCCACUGUUGCCAUGAACCCAUCUCCCAACCCUGCCGUCUUCAAUCCUGAAGUUGUGAAUGAGCCCAAGAAAAAGAAAUACGCAAAAGAAGCUUGGCCAGGCAAGAAGCCAACCCCUUCUCUCUUGAUCUGAAGAGCCAAUCUGAGUCUGUUCCGGGAGGCAGAAGCCAGGCAGGCAAGGGGGAACUGAACAAGUGCAGCCACAACUCUCAGACUGGGGUCAUAUCGGGUUUUGUGGGGUUUUGUGACUUCCUUACACAACCAACCUUCAGAAGAGUUCAAAAG